AUGGGUGGUCGGGUACGGGCUGAGGAGAAUCCCAGGAAGACCCGGCGGCUAUCCGACUUCGCCAACGAGGAGGAUGGCGGCCAUGGCGUUGGCGAUGGCGAUGGAGAGCAGCACAAGGCGUGCCGGGAGUGCGGGAAGCUGUUCUCGUCGUGGAGAUCUCUGUUCGGGCACAUGCGGAGCCAUGCGUCCGGCGGCAGGUAUCGCGACGACGAGCAUGAUCUGGACGUGGAAGAGGAGGAAUUCGUCCCAGUCCCAGAGGAGGCGGAAGCAGAGGAAACAGAGAUGGUGACGCCGAUAGAGGCGUCUGUGGCGGCGGCGCCGGCGGCUCUGACGGUGCUGUCCGCUCCCCCUAGGCGGAGGCGCCGAACGAUGCGCGUGGCGGCUCCGGCCCCCGCGCCGCCGCUGCCGCCGAUGCUGAGCGGGUUCGAGAAGGAGCCGGAAGACGUCGCGCUCUGCCUCCUGAUGCUCUCGCGCGACACCGGCAUGUGGAGCUCGCCGGCCAAAGAGGAGCCUUUCGAGAGCGCGGAGAAGCAGGCGGGCCUCCAAGAAGCGGCUACGCUUACAAUUCCGACGACGACUUAG